CUUUGGUUGGGGGGCUGGUGUGGUCGCACUGACCCUCCAGUUGCCCUCGAGUGGUCUUCUUGUAAAAUUAAGGUUUUGGGUGUUUUUAUUGGUGCUGGAGAUCUGGAUGUUGAUAACUGGCGUCCCCGUAUUGAAGCGGUGGACCAUGUUCUCAAAUCGUGGCGUUCUCGUUGUUUGUCUUUUCGUGGCAAAGCCCUGGUUAUCAAUGCUCUUGCCCUUUCUCGGGUGUGGUAUGUGGCAUCUUUGGUCCACAUGCCCGCCUGGGUGGCGAAAGAGCUCUCUUCUUUAGCUUUCUCUUUCUUCUGGUCCGGCAAGCGGGAGCUCGUCUCUCGCUCUGUCGUGAUUCAGUCCUCUCUUUUUGGUGGUUUCUCUGUUGUUAGUGUGCAGUACAAGGUGUGGGCCCUUCUCGGCCAGUGGGUGCGGAGGUUCGCCUCCUCUUCCGCUGGUUGGUCCUCACUCAUGUCAUUCUGGUUUGUGUCGUCCUUUGGUGUUUCGCCCUCUGUCGUUUUUUCCAGGCCGUUUUGUUUUGAUCCCAGGGUAUUGCCACCUUUCUAUUCCUCCCUUCUUUUGGCCUGGCGGGGCCUCAAUGGUUCCUUCGCCACGGCCCGUAACUCUCUCGUUUUUGGUUCGUCCUGCCCUCAUGUUUGUUGCCCUGUGGCUGUUAUGUCCACAAAAAGCUGCUAUCUGUAUCUCUUAUCUGAGAACAUGGUUCCGCCGCAUUGCGUGGGAAAGUUUUUCCCAGUGUAUGGUUCGCUGGAUUGGCCAUCCACGUGGCGCUCGCUGACCUUUUUUGAUCUCGAUCGUCAAGUCACCGAUCUAUGUUGGAAGAUUGCGCACGGCGUCUUAUACACCGCACAGCGUCUUGUUUCCUUUGGAUUGCCCGUUCCCCCUUCUUGUUUUUGUGGGUCUCCUGUGGAGUCUUUGGAGCAUUUGUUCUUCUUCUGCCCCCUUGCCCAGAGUGUUCUCUCCUGGCUUCAGUCUCUGUUGUUCAGUUUUUCUUUUAUGUGUCCUGCUCUUCUUUGUCGGCAUGUUCUCUUCGGUUUCAGCUCUGAUGAGCUGAUUGUCACUCCCCGGGUCUUUGUGUAUUUGUUGAACCUUUGUAAAUAUUUCAUCUGGCAAUCCCGUAACGACUUUCGUUUCCGUGCUGUUCGUCCCGGCGCUGCUGCGGUGAUCGCGAGGGUGAAGUCUCGUUUGAGAUUCCAUCUACCCAUUUUCUUCAAGCGGUUUCAGUCCGCUCGCCGUCGUCGCUUCUUCCACCGUCAGUGGGGUGCCCGUGGAGUCGUCGCCACCGUUUCAGAUGGUCACCUCUCCCUUGCCCUGUAA